AUGUUGGGGGAGGGCAAGGGGAGGCAGGGCGGAGAGGCGGAGCCGCGGGAAGAGCAACGGCACGCGGAAGGACCGCAGGCUCGUGGGCGCGGCGGGGGGCGCGGGCAGGGGAAGGCGACAGGAGGCGGAGCGGGCGGCAGUAGCAGCGGGAACGCCAGCGCCAGGAGAGUGCUGCGCAAGUCUGUUACAGAGCCCCGCGGGGCGCUGAACAGCGCAGCUGCUAGAGCGCGGCUGAACGCGGGGGGCGCGGAGGGUGGCGCGGGGGGCGCGGGGGACGCGGAGGAGGACGCGUUGGCGGAGGAGCAGCGGCAGCGCACGUUGCAGCAGGUGCGGCUGCACCAGCUGUGGGCGGAGCAGAGGCAGCGGCGGCGGGAGGAGAUGCGGAAGGCGCAGGCGCAGGAGAACCAGGGGCGCGGGGAGGCGGACGCGGACGGUGGGCGCGCGGGGGUGGGGGGAGUGGGAGGGGUGGAGAGAGAAGGGGGUGCGGAGAGAGGAGGUGUUGCGGGGGGAGGAGGCUGUGGGGAAGGAGAAGAAUCAGGGACGAAGAAGGAAAAGGCUGUGGAUAGAGACGAGAGCACACAGGGGAUGGUGCAAGCACGGGCAGGGGCACAGGCAGGGGCACAGGCAGGAGCACAGGCAGGGGCACAGGCAGGGGCACAGGCAGGGGCACAGGCAGGGGCACAGGCAGGGGCAGCAAGCAAGCAGGCGGAGGAGGAAAGCCAACAGCAGCAGCUGGGGAAGCAGCAGUUGGAACAGCCACAGCCGCCGCAGCAGCAGCAGCAGCAGCAGCAGCAGCAGCAGCAGCAGGAGCAGCAGCAGCAGCAGCAGCAGCAGCAGCAGGAGCAGGAGCAGGAGCAGCAGCAGCAGCAGCAGGAGCAGGAGCAGGAGCAGGGAGGGGAAGAGGAGAAGGAGCAUCAGGCAGAGGGGUGUACGUCGUCAGAAUCAGCUGAACCAGGGCCAGUGCUGCUGCGCAACGUCUCCAUCCUUCGUGCCUGCUACCAGCAGCAGCAGCGCUCCCCUGUCCUUCCUCACUCGCCUCACUCCCCUCACUCCCCCCCUUCCCCUUCGUCCCCCUCCUCCCCCUCCUCUCCAUCCUUGUCCUCCUCGCCCCUCUCGUCGCUGCACCCCCACUCUCUGCAGCUGCGUCCUGCGGCUGUGGAAGGCCGCGCAAGAGAAAGCACACUAAGCAGCACACUCCCAACAGCACACGCCCCUUCUCUUCGCCUCACCUCCCCACCCCUGCAGCAACGCCACUUCCCCACCUCCCCCCGCCCAGGCCCCGCCACCCCUCACCUCCUCCCCUCCUCCCCGCGCCCCGUGCCCUCCUCCUCCCGCGCACUACCCCUCUCCCCCCGCCCCCACCAGGCCUCAACCUCCACAUUCUCCCUCAAAGCGCCCCCCUCCCCGCCCCUCUCCCGAAGAACCUCCGGCUCCCCUCUCUCCCCCCGGCCCCCCCACGCCUCCUCCUCCUCUCUCCCCCUCAAAGCGCCCUUCUCCCCGCCUCUCUCCCGCAGGGCGACAGGCUCCCCUCUCUCCCCCCGACCCCCCCACGCCUCAACCUCCGCGUUCCCCCUCAAAGCCCCCCCCUCCCCGCCUCUCUCCCGCAGGACCUCCGGCUCUCCGCUUUCCCAGCGUCUGUCAGGCUCUCCUCUCUCUCAACGCUUGUCGGGCUCUCCCCUAUCCCACAGAACCUCAGGAUCACCGCUGUCCCACCUAGGCAGUGACCUAGAGGGAGAGGUGGAGAGAGCGUGGCGGCGCACGGGAGGGCCUUCGUCCCCUCCCCUGGAGGUUUCCCUUAGGAAGUUUAGAAGGGAGCUGAGUGGGAGGCUCAGUGGGGGGGUGGGCGGGGCGCAGGGUGGAGACGGGGAGGGCGGGAGGGAGGACGGGGCGUUUGAGUUUCAGCACGCCAGCCCGUGCAAGUCAGGGGAAAGGGUGCUGGUUUCACAUGAGAUGCACAGGCAUGAGCGAAAGCGACAGUACCAUGAUCACCACGCAGCAGCAGCAGCAGCAGCAGCAGCAGCAGCAGCAGCAGCAGCAGCAGCAGCAGCAGCAGCAGCAGCAGCAGCAGCAGCAGCAGCAGCAGCAGCAGCAGCAGCAGCAGCAGCAGCAGCAGCAGCAGCAGCAGCAGCAGCAGCAGCAGCAGCAGCAGCAGCAGCAGCAGCAGCAGCAGCAGCAGCAGCAGCAGCAGCAGCAGCAGCAGCAGCAGCAGCAGCAGCAGCAGCAGCAGCAGCAGCAGCAGCAGCAGCAGCAGCAGCAGCAGCAGCAGCAGCAGCAGCAGCAGCAGCAGCAGCAGCAGCAGCAGCAGCAGCAGCAGCAGCAGCAGCAGCAGCAGCAGCAGCAGCAGCAGCAGCAGCAGCAGCAGCAGCAGCAGCAGCAGCAGCAGCAGCAGCAGCAGCAGCAGCAGCAGCAGCAGCAGCAGCAGCAGCAGCAGCAGCAGCAGCAGCAGCAGCAGCAGCAGCAGCAGCAGCAGCAGCAGCAGCAGCAGCAGCAGCAGCAGCAGCAGCAGCAGCAGCAGCAGCAGCAGCAGCAGCAGCAGCAGCAGCAGCAGCAGCAGCAGCAGCAGCAGCAGCAGCAGCAGCAGCAGCAGCAGCAGCAGCAGCAGCAGCAGCAGCAGCAGCAGCAGCAGCAGCAGCAGCAGCAGCAGCAGCAGCAGCAGCAGCAGCAGCAGCAGCAGCAGCAGCAGCAGCAGCAGCAGCAGCAGCAGCAGCAGCAGCAGCAGCAGCAGCAGCAGCAGCAGCAGCAGCAGCAGCAGCAGCAGCAGCAGCAGCAGCAGCAGCAGCAGCAGCAGCAGCAGCAGCAGCAGCAGCAGCAGCAGCAGCAGCAGCAGCAGCAGCAGCAGCAGCAGCAGCAGCAGCAGCAGCAGCAGCAGCAGCAGCAGCAGCAGCAGCAGCAGCAGCAGGGAGAGGGCUCGGAUUUCGGCUCUCCAGCCCGGCAAGAGCAGCAAGCAGGCUCGGAGGCGCCUCUAUCGCCUCUCACCCCGCCCCUCUCGCCCCUGCUCCAGCACCGUAUGCUGCUGUUCUGCGGGCCUGGGUGCGUGCCCUUGCCCUUUGCCCCUGCUGCCCUGGGACUUGA